AUGAAGUAUCUUCGUCUGGCCUCCGUGGCCACUCUUAUCAGUGCCGCUACUGUCUCCGCUGGUCCAUUGGGCAUCCGCGAAAAUGACGGAUUCUGCCCCAAGGGCUACACUAUGAGCGUCUACUACAAGACCAUCUAUGCAUCUGCCACCUCUGUGCAGUCUACGGUUUCUUCGUCGUCUACUACAGCUGCUGUCGUGUCUCAAACCACCGCUGCACCCGCAGUGACUACAUCGACUACUGCCAUCGUCGUGGAGUCUACAACUUCCGUCCCAGCUGCCCAAAUCGAGACUACAACCUCUUCAGCCCCUGCUGCCGAGACCACUGCUGCCGAGACCAACAUUGUGAAGACUGAUCCAGUUGUGGUUAUUCCCCCCACUUCACUUGCGACUCUCCCUGUCGAACCCACUGCUGUUCCAGUUGUGAAAGCUCCCGUCGAACAGACUACCAAGGCCCCCGUCGAACAGACUACCAAGGCCCCCGUCGAACAGACCACCAAGGCUACCGUCGAAGCUCCCAGCACAUCUACCAAAUCUUCUACUUCCUCCUCUUCCACCAAAUCUGCAUCUACCAGCCCCUCCAACGGAAACGCCGGCAAAGCCACCUUCUACGGCGGCAAUGUCGGCGGCGGAACAUGUUCGUUCUCCGGAUACACCCUCCCAAGCCACCUCUUUGGUGCAGCCCUCUCUCUCCAGCGAUGGGACGAUGCAGCCAACUGCGGCGCCUGUGUAUCCGUCACCGGACCCAAUGGUAACUCCAUCAAAGCAAUGAUCGUCGAUCAAUGCCCCGAAUGCGAAAGCAACCAUCUCGACCUCUUCCAGAAUGCCUUCGCCGAGCUCUCAGACAUCUCCGCCGGCAUCAUCCAGACCACCUGGUCAUAUGUGUCUUGCGACCUGGACGGACCCCUGAAGCUCAAGAACAAGGAGGGCACAUCCGCCUACUGGUUCUCGAUGCAGGUUGUCAAUGCCAACGAGCCUGUCACUUCGUUGGAGGUUAGCACUGAUGGCGGUAGCACAUGGCAGGGCACCACCCGCCAGUACUACAACUUCUUCGAGAACCCUGCUGGAUUCGGUACUAGCACUGUGGAUGUGCGUAUUACCGGUGCUAGUGGCAAGACCGUUGUUGUGAAGAACGUCGGUGUUGGGUCUGGCAAUGAGGUUACUGCCAAGUCUAACUUGUAA